AUGAUAGCAGCCGCAAGUACUGACUGGCUCCAAGACCACCCCCACGACCCGCCAUGUGUACGCUGCCGGCGCGAGAGCAAAGAAUGCUACUUCUCGGCGACGCGUCGGAAGCGCAAGCAGGACAACGAGGAAGAGUUUGACGAGGCCGACGAUUAUGAGUUGCGCAACGGCCGGAAGCGCAUGCGCUCAGAGACCAACACCGUCCCGGAACCCGUGAGCGUCGUGAGCGCAAAUGCAAAUGGCGCGCAGUACCUCUCCCAGCCGCUGACUCCGGGCGGUUCUGUCGGGCGGUAUGAGCCUCUGCGCCGCCCGACGACGUCGACGAGCCAGCCCCAGCAGAACGACGAGGACGACCAGAAGCUGAAUAAUGAAACCGUCGCGACGCUGCAGAACGGUGAGGUCUACAGCGGCCACGAUGCGCUUAACCUGCUCUUCGAGGCCGCGGCCCACCACCGCUCCGGCAGCACGUCGAGUAUGCAGCGCCCCACGAUGGGUAGCACACCCGGCUCGCAAACAAACUUCGCCAGCCCGCAGGUGCACCCGACACACAUGCGCAACGGCUCGCGGAACACGGCUUCAGACACGGCUGUCGACCCGGCUAUAUCGCAGCCCAUGCUGCCAGACCCGCCGAAUCAGUACGCCUUCAUGGAGGCCGUCGCCGCGUGGCAGAAGUUCCGCUUCGUGCGCGCCGGAUGGCUCACUGCCAAGGAAGCCAUUGCGUACAUCGACUACUUCUACGCCUUCCUGUCGCCCUUGACGCCCAUUGUCGUGCCGGAUUACCGCGAGCACAGCCAGCAUGCGCGGCUGCUGAAAGAGGAGCCCAUGCUGACUAUCACCCUGCUCACCAUCGCGGCGAGGUACUCCCAGCCGAGCGGCUCGAGCGGUAUCGGCGCGCAGUCGCGGUCCUAUCUGAUCCACGAGAAGCUGUGGAAAUACCUCCAGGGCAUGAUCGACCGUAUGAUCUUUGGCCAAGAGCAGUUUGGUGGUGGGUUUUGUGGCGCAGGACAGCAGCCUGGAUCAGACGUCAAUCCGCUGUCGCGCAAGGGUCUGCGCACGCUGGGCACAGUCGAGAGUCUGAUGUUGCUGACUGAGUGGCAUCCACGUGCUCUGCACUUCCCGCCGGGUGACGAUGACGAUGAGCUUGUCUUGCCUGAUAAUAGAGCCGACGAUGCUGGACCGAGGCCGGAUAUGCUCCCGGGUGUUGGCGACAAGCGCAUCGACAGCUGGCUCGAACCCUGCUGGCGGAGUGAUCGCAUGUGCUGGAUGCUGCUCGGAAAUGCCAUGACGCUGGCCUUUGAGAUUGGUGUCUUCGAUGACACGAGCGAGAUGGAGUUUGAGAAUGCGAAUGAGAAGCUGUCCCAUGCGACAGUGAAGGCGUACUACCGACGCAAGAAUCACCUUCGCGAUUUGCUGAUCAUAUAUGUCACGCAGACGAGUGGCCGGCUGGGAUUAACGUCCAUGCUUCCCAAGAUCGAUCGCGACGAGUCGCUGGUUGGAGGUCCGACGCCACUGGAGAUGUACCAGGAGCGUGUCAAUCGCAUCAAGGCACCGCCCCCGCAGUUUGGCAUGCGUUCGGAUGGCGCGCGUCUGCCUCUGGAAUCGGUCGCUACCCAGGAGCGCCAUGCUGUGCAAGAUCUUGUUCUUGACUUCUGGCAACGCAUUGCGAAGAUCAUGGAGAUGGGCAAUCUGAAGCUGUUUUCGAAUAGGAGGAAGACGAGGGAGUUGCUCAAGUCAGGGACCUACGAGGAGAUGCUGAAGUUCUUCCAAGGGCCGUUGACGGAGUGGAAGGCUUGCUUUGAUCGCGCAGUCCAAGUCCCACAACAACUCCGACAUGUCUUGAUCAUCGAGUUUGAGUACACUCGUGUAUAUCUCAACUCGCUUGCUCUCCAGGCUGUUGUCGAACGCUGCACCCAAGGCACACCUCGUCCAACCCACGCUCAUCCUAACGGUAUGGGCCCUGCGAAUGGCAUGGGUAGUGCGGAGCACGACAACGCCAUUCCCUUCAGCACUCUGGUAAAGUGGUACGCCAAUGACCGACACUACAUCAACGAAGUCAUCGACGCGUCCCGCAACGUCCUCAAAAUCGUAGUCGAAGGGCUCCACCCCGGAGGCUACCUACGCCACGCCCCCGUCCGAACUUUCUUCCGCAUCGUCAGCGUAGCCAUCAUCCUGCUCAAAACCUUCGCCCUGGGCGCUACUGAAGAAGACGUCGCCAUCUCCCUCAACCUCCUCAGCGAUGCUGUCACGGCCCUCCGCCAAGGCAUCGUCGACGACGUCCACGUCGGCAACCGCUUCGCCGACCUCGUCGAGACCCUCACCCACCGCAUCCGCUCCCGUUUCGUGCGCCUCGCCGCAAACGGCUCCGCAGGCAUUUCCCGCGCAGGCAGUAGAAGCCCCAUCCAAGCGCCCAUGAUGCCUCCUCCCUCGCAAAACCUCGGCCACCUCCAGCCCCCAUACAUCUACCAAAACCCCUCCACCUCCGUCCCCAACUCGCCCUCCCUCGGCCUCACCGCCUCCGGCCGCGCCACACCCCUCUCCUCUUCGCUCUGGGGCAUAUCCGCGGAGCCGUACGACCCGAACUCCAACUCGAUAUCCAUCAUGCCGCCGCCCGGCAACUACGCCAACUUCGACACGAGCGGCAAUUCGAAUUGGGGCCAGUGGGCGAAUAGCGGGGCGAGCUGGGGCGCCGGCCAGGAUCAGGAUUGGCUGGCAUUACCCCUCGAUCCACUGCUCGAUCAGUAUGGGGCCGAAAUCAAUCAGACGGCCAUGGGCCCGGAUGUGGGCGGCAUGGACAUGUUGGAUAUUUUACUGAAUAUGGGCGGACCGCCGGGGAGCACAUCGUAG